AGGAAAUAUGAUGACGUCAAAUUAAUCAGAAAGAGUCCGUUAUCAAAAUUGAAAUUUCAAACAGUUUAAACCUUUAAUCUCUUACCUAAUGAUUUUUCUGCACGGGUAAAAGUCAACAGUGCAAGCAAUGGACGUCUAUAUUCUAAGUAUCACAAUCUGUAUCAGUUUUCUCUUUGGGACAUCUUUAUCUAUGAAGUGUGCCGAGUCUAUCCCGACAAUAUCCACUGUUUCCCGGUGCCCUUCCAACGUCACGGAAUGGGAUAUAGCGGCAAAAAGAAAAAGUUGUAAUGUCUUGGCAAAGAUCCAAAAUUGCACACAUGCAAACAACUUUGUAUAUCAUUGUGUUCUCAAUGAAGAAGCAACGAUGUUAGUAGAAGUCUGUGCACCUAUAUACUAUCUGGCAGGUUACUGUUCUCGUUACAGCGAAGUAGACGGAAAAUUUAUCAACAAACCUGAUUUAGAUUGUACAGUGUUUGAUCCUCCCUGUCCAAACAGAUUUACAUCAAAUGAAUCUUACAAGUAUCAAAAGUGCUAUGAGAAAGUUAUAAAACAACAGCAGGAAAAAAACAGUGUAAAUCAAUAUGUUCCAUUGGUGACCGUCCUGGCGAUAACAAUAACUUUGCUGAUGGUUCUAGCAGUGGGGUUUAAGCUAAAAUGGAUAAAAUGUUUAUGUGAUAGCCAGGAGACACCAUCACCCCCUGAUGUACAAAUAGAGAAAAAGGAGCCAAAAGGAACCCCAAAACAGUCGGAGACUGACCCUGUCAAUGUGAUCCCAACUCCUACGUUACCGGAUAAUGCGUCCUUCGAGGAGAUGGUGAAAGAAUGCAAAAACUUGUCAGGAGAUACCCAAGUAACAUGCGCUCUUCAGGCUUCCAGUGCAAUACUUGAUCUACGUAAUGCUCUCUCCAAAGAGCUCAAUAUUCCCCAAACGUUGAUACUGAUUGUCGACCAGGAAAACGGCACUAUUUUCCAAGAUGACAUUGAAAUUGAGACUUUAAAGCAGUCACCAAUUGAAUUCAUCCUAGGCAAUCGAAACAGAACUAGUAUCAUUGAGGACGACGGCUCUGUAGAAAAUAAUGUUAUAUCGAACAAAAACAUCACGUAUGGAAAAUGUAAAAUGAGUUGCGGUCAUUUUACAGAUCCAGAAACGCUUUUUGUUUGGACAAAAGAAAAAUUGCCUGGGGGUUUGGAUUCCGGACUGCUGUGUCCUCGGUGCCCUUAUAUGCUCUGGGGUAUAGACGAACUCAAGGAAAAAUGUAACAUGUCUAAAGAUGAAAAAAAGUUUUUCACAAACGUUGCAAUUUUGAAUAAACGUACACGCGGUAUGAUUGAUGACUCUGAACCGCGAAAGCCUGAAAGAAGUGUUUCAAAACAACAAACUGACUAGAAUGAAAAACACGACUGUUGUUUACAGAUGGUUAACAAUGACAGUUAAAAAAAACAUUUUGCUUUAUGUUAAAUACUAGUUGAUAGUUAUGCUGAGUCAUAAUUAAAGGUAAUAGCAAGGAAGUACAUAAUGAAUAUUGCAUAUCUAUGUUUGGGUUGUUUUGGUCGUUUUAUUUAACAAAAUCAUGACUCAGCAUGAGGAAACAAACAGAAAGAAUGUAAUUAAAAACAAUUCAGUAUGUCUUCAAUAUUUUUAUGAUCUUAUUAUCGUUUGAAAAUUAUCUGAGCAUUUGUUGUAACAUCACCUAUAAAUUAUUAAUUAUAUAAAAAGGGAAGUGUGAGUUUUCUUUGAUGAUGCAAAAUUACCUUCGUGUGUGUUUUUAUAUAUUAAAUUUAGUAUAAGCAUUUGCAUGAUAAGCAAUUAUUAUAUUUUACACAUAGUGAGGAAAUUUACCGUCGCAUAUAUAACGAAACGGUAAUGUACUUAAUUUGAGCAAUAAUUGUUUUCUUGAAUGAAAAUUUGUCUUUAUGUCAUGUAUCAAUCUCAUAAAACAUGUAUGUCAUGAGUUUCGUUCGAUAAAAAAUAUUUUUCUGCUGCGAAAAUCUAAGAAACAAAGAAAAUUAAUUGAUCUUUGAAAGGAUAAAGAGAAAAAGAGCAAAUAGUUAUAUUCUUGUUUCUUCUAUUGUUGAUUACAAUACUGUAUUUUCUUGUUUUUAUAUUGAAAAGGUUGACAAUAAAAACUUUGGAUUAAG